GUAAUUUUCUUUCGAUCAACAAAAUCCGAUUAGAAAUACUAACUAGGUACUUCAACGAAACAAAAAAAACAGGCGAAAUCUGUAAAAAGAAGAAGACGGUUGUAAACAGCUGAGGCAUUUGGAUCAAGCUCCGACGACCUGCCACCGCCACCAUGAUUCACUUUGUUCUUCUCAUUAGCAGACAAGGGAAAGUGAGAUUGACAAAAUGGUACUCACCGUAUUCUCAAAAGGAAAGGACAAAGGUUAUCCGGGAGCUUAGUGGUAUGAUUCUCACCCGAGCCCCUAAACUGUGCAACUUUGUUGAGUGGAGGGGAUACAAAGUUGUUUACAAAAGGUAUGCUAGCCUUUAUUUCUGCAUGUGCAUUGACCAGGAUGAUAAUGAAUUGGAGGUCCUCGAAAUUAUCCAUCAUUUUGUUGAGAUACUAGAUCGCUACUUUGGAAGUGUUUGUGAGCUGGACUUGAUCUUUAAUUUCCAUAAGGCAUAUUAUAUAUUAGAUGAAAUCCUGAUUGCUGGUGAACUUCAGGAGUCGAGUAAGAAGACAGUUGCACGCUUAAUAGCUGCACAGGAUUCUCUGGUGGAGGCAGCCAAGGAGCAAGCUAGUUCCAUCAGCAAUAUGAUUGCUCAAGCAACAAAAUGAGGAUGUGCUGGACUUAGACUUGUUUGGAGAUAUCGGGUUUUAGAAAUUGAUGGUGCUGUUGUGAUUUCGUUAAGUCUCAGAUAGCAUUGCAUUUGUGGAAAAAAUACGAUCAGGAUGAUAUUAAGCCGGAUAGUAUGUAUCGGUAUCGGCGUUGCGAUAACAUGAAUGUUUUUAGUGAUUUGUUUUCAAUCGGAACCAGAUAUAUUUCGUCUGGGCAAAGGAAUGGAAUACAAACGUAGUAAACAAAUCUCAAUUUA